CCCCACGCCGACGUUACUUGAGUUGAGCCGCUGCUUGGUAACAACGUGAGACGUCAACGCUGCCAGCGUGGAAAAGACGAGCUGCUCCAGGAAGUAAAUUAUUCGGCCGUGCAGAAGAGAUUGUCAGGGAAGCCGAAUUAUAAUAUCACCGAUACAUCAGACAAAUCCAUAACACGUGUAUAUAAACAGGACGAUCGGUUUGUCCCUGCCUGCAGUCAGCAUGGACACAUCGUUUCAGCAGAUUAUGGUGGAUCCCACUUUAGCUGAGAUGGGAAAGAACCUCAAUGAAGCCAUGAGGAUUCUGGAAGACGGUCACAGGGAGGGUGAGGAGGAGAAAGAGAAGCAAAGACACAGCAGGAAGGAUAUUCCAGGACCACUCCAAGGCAGCGGACAGGAUGUGGCCCAUAUUCUUCAGCUAGUACAAAACCUCAUGCAUGGGAAUGAAGAUGAGGACUUGCAGUCUCACCGCAGGAUGCAGAAUGUGGGAGAGCAGGGUCACAUGGCCUUGCUGGGGCACAGUCUGGCCGCCUACAUCUCGGUUCUGGACAAGGAGAGGCUGCGCAAGUUGACCACUCGCAUCUUGUCCGACACCACUCUCUGGCUCUGCAGACUCUUCAGGUAUGAGAACGGCUCUGCGUAUUACCAUGAGGAUGACCGGGAGGGGCUCCUGAAGGUGUGCAGGCUCGUUAUCCACUCCCGCUACGACGAUUACAGCACAGAGGGCUUCAACAUGCUAUACUACAAACAGCCUGUCAUCUACCAGAGCUCUGCCUGCAGGUCAGGCCUGGGACAGCAUCUCUGCAACCAGCUGGGCCUGCCUCUCUCCAGUCUCUGCACAGUCCCCUGUAACACCAUGUUUGGCUCCCAGCACCAGAUGGAUGUUGCUUUGCUGGACAGACUCAUUAAAGAUGAUGUGGACUCUGGGAAGCUGCCCUUGCUACUUAUAGCGAACGCUGGCACUCCCGCUGCAGGCCACACUGACAAGCUGGGUCGUCUGAAGGAGCUCUGUGCCCAGUACAGCAUGUGGCUUCAUGUCGAGGGAGUAAACUUGGCAACCCUGGCUUUGGCAUACGUCAAGUCCUCAGUAAUGGCUGCCACUAAGUGUGACAGCAUGACCUUGACCCUGGGACCCUGGCUGGGGCUGCCAGCUGUACCUGCGGUCACACUGUACCGACACGAAGACCCCUCCUUGUCGCUGGCGGCGGGCCUGAACUCCAGCCAGCCUGUGGAGAAGCUGCGUGCGCUGCCACUCUGGCUGUCUCUGCAGUACCUGGGGCAUGAUGGCAUCGUGGAGCGCAUCAGACACGCCUCCCAGCUGAGCCAGAGACUGUUAGAUCAUCUGACAAAGCAGACAUCUAUUACAACAGCGGACCUCCUUGGCAGUGAGGUGUCUCUCCUCGAGGGUUUAAACCUGGUGGAAGAUGAUUUUAACUCCCCAGUGGUUGUCUUUCGGUUUGCACAGACAGGUGCUAACUCAGCUCAGAGUGGGGGUCCACUAGAGACAUUCCACAGUAGUGACCGAGAGAUUCUGGACGCCCUGAACCGUUGGCUGGGAGAACAGUUGGCCCUGCUGGUUCCAGCCAGUGGAGUGGACAUUGUGGAUCUGGAGGACGAGGGAAGCUGUGUGAGGUUCAGCCCUCUGAUGACAGCAGCAGUUUUGGGAACGAAAGAUGAGGAUGUGGAUUCGCUGGUAGAGCGUCUACAGGAGAAGAUCCCUGUUCUGAUCAGCACGCUGCAGCUGAGAGAGGAGUUCAGAGAGGAGGUGCACCGCAUUGCCGCACUCACUUACAUAGAGGAUCUUAGCUGGCCAGGACUGGGAAUAGUGAGGUACGAGAUGAGCAGUGAGGAACCUGAUGAGAGUAAGAGGCAGGCAGAGCUUGAGAAGAUAAACAGUGUGAUGCUGAAGAAACUAAAGGAGCUGGACUGUGACCUGACCUUCUCUACAGGACCAGAGUUCGGACCAGAGAAAAACUGUGUUUACAUUGGCAUGGCAACGGAAGAUCUGGAUGUGGCAGAGGUGGUGGAGAUGAUCGCUGCCAUUGGCCGAGAGAUCGAGGAGAACUCCAGGCUCCUGGAGAACAUGACUGAGGUGGUCUGCAAGGGGAUCCAGGAGGCAGAGCUGCAGUUACAGAAAGCCACAGAGGAGAAGCUCAUGGAGGAGGGAGUUUUGCGUCAGCUCCCAGUUGUUGGUUCUGUCCUGAACUGGUUUUCACCUGUCCAGAGCUCGGUGAAGGGAAGGACCUUUAACCUGGCGGCAGGUUCUGUGGACUCUACAGAGCCGACCUACUCAAUGAAGGCUCAAUAUACUGGAGAAACCCCGCCUCCCACUCCCACCUCUGCCCGCACUAAACACAGGAUCCCAGGUCAGAAGCUGUUCCGAAGGUCUCUGGCCAGCUCAGACGGUGUCAGCGACACAAGCUCAGUGGGUCAGGUGGAGGAACUGGAAAAGGAGGAGCUUAGAGAGCCUGCCCCUGAGGGAAGGGAGGCCGAUGUCCAAAAAGAACCUGAACCAAAGCCUGAGCAGAGGGGAGAAACCCCAGGAGAGGGCGAGGGGGGCGAACCAAAGGGAAAACGAGAGCCGGAGGUAGAGGGCAGGGAGACGGAGCACCCCGAUAGCCUGAGAUAGGCACACCACGGGAGAGUUGUGUGUCUUGAACACAACGCCUGCAGGUUAAGGGGAGAGGUUUGAGGUGGGGUGGCUGCAGCUCAGCCUGGGUGUGGGGGAAGCCAUGGAUAUCUAUAUUAUUUUACAUUGAGAAAAAUAAUAAUAUAUGAAAGUUUAAUCUAUCUGUAACCUGAAGUGAAUUUGCAACUUGAAUACCUGAAACCCAAAAUAUAAAAAGAAUGUGAUAACAAACCAGUCCCUUGCAGCAUCAUUUUUUUUUUUUAUUCAUUCAGAAUUCAGGGGUUGCAUACAACAAUAUUUAUGCAGUUUAAUUGGACUUAUCUAGGCUAAACAAAGUUUAGCAACUUAAAUUUGUAUCAUGCUGUAGAGGAACACAGCACCCUGGAAUAUGUUUAUGUACAACAAAAGCCUUGUACUGACAUCCACUGAUGCAUAGAAGUAAAAUAAAGUUAGGAAGCCUGACAUCCAGGUGGCUUGGCACCUGGGUUUGUUCAUUGGCGUGCACCCUACUGGGGUUCAGAUCGGAGGUCCUUUUUAUGUCCUUUUUACAAGGCAUAUAAGUUGAGUUUCAGUCUGUGUUAGCCAAGCUCCUGUUGCAAGGUAAGGACAGGUGUUUUCAGGUUGUAGUUAUCCAUGGCUCCCCCAACACCCUGGCUCUGUUCCCCUGGCUGCCCAAACCAGCUGUGUACUCUGUGCCCUACUUCAGCUACCACUGGCACUGAGGCAGGGCAAAACACUCCUGCAAAAUACAAACUCGCAGCUCAAGUAUCCAGCCACCAGCGAGAGACGCUCUUCUAAAUACAAACAUACCAUUUCAUAUGAAUUCAUUUAAUAACAUUUAUUAAUGUUAAAAGCCUAGUGCCUCCUGCUUCCCAAAACUUCGAUGUUUUAAAUUGCAAGUUAUUUAUUCUUAUAAACUUUACAAAAACGGUGAACCAUCCAGAGAUACUCUCAUAUAAGGAGCAAUAUAAAAAUGGCCUAUUAGUAACAAGAUGAAUAUUUAUAUUCAAUAUAUUUCCAAACGAUUGGUCAUAGAAUUUUAGAUGCCUCCUGUUUAUAAUGAUCUCCGUCCAGCAACUGCACCAGGCAAGGAAAAGUCUGACCUGUUGGCUAAUGCAUAUAAUUUCAUGCCUCAUUCACCUUAUGGUUUAAUGACCAGGAUGCUUUGCAUUUAAAUUAUUUAUGUGCCUAUAUUUUUAUGGUAUUCAUUAGGGUAGCUAAUAAGUUAAAGCUCCAGUCUUUCUCUAGAGAACAGCAGUGAGGGCUACUAACAGAACAGUAAAACCAAACUGUUACCUCCCAACUAUGUAUAUUAAAUGUGCUGGGUUUAUAUUGGUUAACUACUGCCUGAGAGUCUUGGUCCCAAGAUCAUUAGCCAUUCCCUAACCUCGGCAAAAAACAGGAGUCUAAAGCGGCCGCAUAGUAAAAGUGUGUAAGUUUGUCUUGGGGGUUAUAAGAGUCACAUAUAGCCCUGACCCCAAGUAGUAGCAGGGCUACAGGGUGGAUACUGUAACGAAAAGAACAGUACAUGUAGUGUGCUGGAACAAUAGUACCGAAAGCAGCUUCUGUAUUUCCAUUCAAGCACCGGUUUAUCCAAUAGGUUUUUAUAGGGCAUAUCUAUGGAGUGUGCUGCUAACGCUGGUCUCUGUGGGAGGCUUUUUAUGCAGGAUGUGUCUCAGCCUUUGCACUCAUGAAAGUAGCCCAGGCUGUGCUAUCAAAAACACUGCCCUCCUUCCUAGUGAAGAGUGGUGGUGUGUACUCAAGAGCAUACCAUAUUUUUUUGUUUUAUUAACAGUAGAUUGUUUACACUUGUCAAACACAGAUACUUUUUUUUUUUUUUUUUGCAAGUCCCCAACAGAGCUGAAGGUUAAAAGGUUUGGAUUAUUUGGGGAAGUGUGCGUAUCCUUUUCUUUUAAAAGUGCUUACAGAUUUGGUCUUCCUGAGGUAUUUUUGGUGCAAUGAAGAAUAUUGAUUUAUAGAUACUAGGAAGAAUGUUAGUUUGUGUCUUGGUUUAAUAUAUACCGCAAGGGUGGGAGGGGUAAUGUUUGUUGUUCUUGCCUUAUUUUAAUUUGUUGCUGUUUAAACACUAUCACAAUGUAUUUCAAGAUUAUUUUAAAAAGAGCGAGUCAUUUGGACUGCUGUUAAAAUCCUUUUUCAAGGUGAUUGUUUAAUGUUUUCUUGUGACAAUAAAUCCAGCCCAAUGUC